AUGGCCAAACCAAAAUCAUUUACGAAGCAAUCAAAAGCGAAGCCAAAGAAAGAGCAAAAGCUGGACACGGCAGACGACUUCCAAUCUGCCGGCGUCGACUUUGAAGAAGCCGCUGGAAAAUGGCGUGCGGGAGAUGCUGUUAAAUCCAUGAGAUUCUUUCAGCGUGCUAUUGAUGUCUACGAUCAAGGGCUUCGCAAAUUCCCUCAAAGCAUCGACCUCGCCUACAACAAGGCCCGGGUGCAGCUAGAGAUUGCUACGCAUCCCAUUCUUGUUGAGAAUUUGCAGCAGCCCUUAAAAGGCGUAUUAGACGAGGCAUUGGCGUCGCAUCGGUACACGUUAAAGCUAGACCCGGAUAAUCCAGACGCGCUCUUCAAUACGUCGCAAGUUCUUACGGCUAUUGCCGAGUUGAUUGCCACCGAUGAAGAUGAAGACGCUGCUGGAACCGAGGCUGAAGCUUUGAAGGCUCUCCGAGAAGCGCUCGACCUGCAAAGCGCGUGUCUCGGCUUACAGGAGCAAAAAUAUCAGGAAUUCCUCGAGCAGGAACGUUUUGCUAACGAGCAAGGAGAAGACGUUAGUGACAAAGCCGUGCCGGCUUCCGGAUCAGGAAACAGCUCGUCUGGUGGUGCUAAGGAAGACGAAGAAUGGUUCAACGUAGUUGAGCCGGUCACCAACGACACCCUUAUCGAUACGCUUCUCGCUCAGCUGGCUACUCUCACCACUUUCUGUAGCAUUCUGAGCUCUUCGCCCGAAGCUGCUCCCACAAACACGCUCGCCUGGGUCGAGGAAGUUUCGUCAGGUCUCGUCGAAAAGGUACAGGCCGUCUCGUGUGAACAGCAUGACAGGUUACAGGAAGUCGCACUAGCGAGAGCCAAUCUUGUUUCGGUGAUGCUAGAAGCCGGUUAUAGGUCUGGGAAGAUUGAUGCCGAAACUUAUAGUCGAGAAGUAAACUCGGUUUUCGCAAAUUCGGAACUUCAGCUUGAGAAUUCCGCAGAGGGCCUUAUAGCAAAUGCUCGCUCUCUCCUAGCACUCAACUCGGCACUAAUAGAUUCUAACAACGGGGAUGCCCAAUCACAGUCAACAUUACGGUGGAAUAUUCUCACGGCGAGUAUAGCAAGCCUAAAGUCUGCAUCGGCUAUACGAGGAAUCACUCAGGAGGAUCUAGCUACUACGCACCUCCUACGCGGUGACGCGUCUUUAUAUCUUUACACUAUGGCGUUCCCGCCGACGUCGUAUCAGACAGCCGUAAGCACGGCCUCUCAGAAUGCUAAGAACGCAGAGGUAUAUUACCGCAAUGCGAGCAGGCUGACUCCAGACGAUGAAGAGAGAGAUGUCGCUUCGAUAAAGUCAACAAUCGCACAGUCUCUCCAAGCCUACUCACAGGGGGGUACGCAAGUCGACGUCGGUAGCGUAUUCAACGCAAGCCCGCGGGGUCAGGAAUGGGUUAUCAAACAGCUCGAGGAUAUGAUGGCGGAUAACUUGGUACCUCAUGCGCUACUUUCGUAG